CAGCAGGAAACUACUUAUAGACUUUGAUGUGCUACCUUCAAAAAGAGAAAACGCUCAGGGUGUGAGGAGUCCCGUGACCGAUAUUACCACGUCGUCCUCCAAACUCUGCACAGGACCUCUGGCACAGACACCCCAAACAAGAAGCCACUUCUCGUGUCUGCCCCCUCCCUCUGGGACAGUGGUGGUGUGAUCCAGGCCACAGACUUUCGCUCGUUUGCAGCGGGUCGGAGAUCGAAGGAUUGAGCCAAUUGCGGACCAAACGUCUUUGCCAGGAAGGGGGUGAGGGAGCAGCCCUUUGAGUUCCGCCUCUUCGCUAGGCGCUGGUGGGGAAGGGGGACGUGGGAAACCCUGCCCUCUGAGCCCGCGGACCCGACGCCUCAGUGCAAAGUGCCGAGGGGACGGCGGGAAAAGCGCCCGUCGGGAGCAGGGGACGGGGAGCAGCCAGGAAGCCGUGCGGGAGGGCGCGCGCGCGCGCGCCCCUUUUUCAGCAGUGUGGCGGGGUCGCACGCACGCCCGCCUCGGCGGCUGGGCGCGAUUUGCGACAGUGGGGGGAGCGGCGGAGGUGGCGGUGCCGGCAGCUUUGCGGCAGGCUCCGGCCGGGCUUGCUUGACGGCGGUGUGGCGGAGGCCCCGCCCGAGGCGGCAGGAACCUGGAGGGAGGCGGAGGAAUAUGUCCGAGAGGGAAGUGUCGACAGCGCCGGCGGGAACAGACAUGCCUGCGGCCAAGAAGCAGAAGUUGAGCAGCGACGAGAACAGCAACCCGGACCUCUCCGGAGACGAGAAUGAUGAUGCUGUCAGUAUCGAGAGUGGCACAAACACAGAACGCCCUGACACACCUACAAACACACCAAAUGCACCCGGGAGGAAGAGCUGGGGAAAGGGAAAAUGGAAAUCGAAGAAAUGCAAAUAUUCUUUCAAAUGUGUGAACAGCCUCAAGGAAGAUCAUAACCAACCCUUGUUUGGAGUUCAGUUUAACUGGCACAGCAAGGAAGGGGAUCCUCUGGUGUUCGCAACCGUGGGAAGCAACAGAGUCACCUUAUAUGAAUGCCAUUCACAAGGAGAAAUCCGGUUAUUGCAGUCCUAUGUAGAUGCCGAUGCAGAUGAAAACUUUUAUACUUGUGCAUGGACCUAUGAUAGCAACACCAGCCACCCUCUGCUUGCUGUUGCUGGAUCUAGAGGCAUAAUAAGGAUAAUUAAUCCCAUAACAAUGCAGUGUAUAAAGCACUAUGUUGGCCAUGGAAAUGCUAUCAAUGAACUGAAAUUCCACCCACGAGACCCAAAUCUUCUCCUGUCAGUAAGUAAAGAUCAUGCUUUACGAUUAUGGAAUAUCCAAACGGACACGCUUGUGGCAAUAUUUGGCGGUGUGGAAGGACACAGAGAUGAAGUUCUGAGUGCUGAUUAUGAUCUUUUGGGUGAAAAAAUAAUGUCCUGUGGUAUGGAUCACUCUCUUAAACUCUGGAGAAUCAACUCAAAGAGAAUGAUGAAUGCGAUUAAGGAAUCUUAUGAUUAUAACCCAAAUAAAACCAACAGGCCAUUUAUUUCCCAGAAAAUCCACUUUCCUGACUUUUCUACCAGAGACAUACAUAGGAAUUAUGUUGAUUGUGUACGAUGGUUAGGCGAUUUGAUACUUUCCAAGUCUUGUGAAAAUGCCAUUGUAUGCUGGAAACCUGGCAAAAUGGAGGAUGAUAUAGAUAAAAUUAAACCUAGUGAGUCUAAUGUGACUAUUCUUGGGCGAUUUGAUUACAGCCAAUGUGACAUUUGGUACAUGAGGUUUUCUAUGGAUUUCUGGCAAAAGAUGCUUGCAUUGGGCAAUCAGGUUGGCAAACUUUAUGUUUGGGAUUUAGAAGUAGAAGAUCCUCAUAAAGCCAAGUGUACAACACUGACUCAUCAUAAAUGUGGUGCUGCUAUUCGACAAACCAGUUUUAGCAGGGAUAGCAGCAUCCUCAUAGCUGUCUGUGAUGACGCCAGCAUUUGGCGUUGGGAUCGACUUCGAUAAACUAUUUUUUUCUAGUAAAAAUUAGAAUAUGUUGUCUUUGUAAAAUAGAAUUAAUGUAUCUUGCUAGUAAGGGCACAUAGAGCAUUUAGACUUGUGUUUCAGCAUUCAAUCAGGCUGAGCUGAAUGUAGUGAUGUUUACAUUGUUUACAUUCUUUGUACUGUCUUCCUGCUCAGACUUUACUGCUUUUAAUAAAAAUUUAUUUUUGUAAA